CGCCCCCAGGUGGCUGCCCUCCCUUCCCUCUCCUAAGAUGUCAACAAGGAGGGGGUUACCUGUGUCCUCCACAGGGACCCAGCAGAGUCUGAGGGUCCCCAUCCCCGGAGCUCGGAGGUGGAGGAGGCGCUGACAGGUGGUCAAGAGAUGCCCCCCAAGCCCCUGUGUUCCCUCCCCAUCCUUCUCCUCUUCCUCCUCCCCAGUGUCCCAAUGGAGCCUCGCUCUCCACCUUCAACUCUACCCCCCUUCCCGGCUCCUGAGUGGGACCUCCUGUCCCCCCGAGUAGCCCUGUCCAGGGGUGCCCCUACUGGGCCCCCUCUGCUCUUUCUGCUGGAGACUGGAGCCUUUGGGGAGCCUGCCGGUGCCCCAGCCAACCGCACUCGUCGUGGGGUGAGCGAGUCGGCCCCGGCCAGUCGCCGGGGCGAGCUGGCCGUCUGUGAUGCAGUGAGCGGCUGGGUGACAGACCGUCGGACGGCCGUGGACCUGCGGGGACGCGAGGUGGAGGUGCUGGGUGAGGUGCCCGCAGCUGGUGGCAGCCCCCUCCGACAGUAUUUCUUCGAGACUCGCUGUAAAGCUAAUAGCACUGGGGAAGGUGGUGUGGGUGCAGGCGGAGGGGGCUGCAGGGGAGUGGACCGCAGGCACUGGGUAUCUGAAUGCAAGGCCAAGCAGUCCUACGUGCGGGCCUUGACUUCUGAUGCCCAGGGCCGUGUAGGCUGGAGAUGGAUUCGAAUUGACACUGCCUGCGUCUGCACCCUACUCAGUCGGACAGGACGGGCCUGACGCUCAGGUCCAGGAACUGAACAGGCAGAGAAAAAAAGAAGAGCUGGAUGCUAAACCACCUCAGGAG